UCUUAUCCUCUCGCGAUAUUUCCCGAGUAUCGGAGCUAUGGCAAUAGAGAACACAACGGGCAACAAUGAUUUCUCGACGAUUUACACAAGAGACGGUCUGGCCAACGACUCGUGUCCGGAUAACGACAGUCCUCGGGAGAGGGUCUUUAAGAUAAUAGUCAUCGGGGAUUCAAAUGUGGGAAAGACGUGUCUAACUUACCGCUUUUGCGGUGGUAAAUUUCUCCAAAACCCCGAGGCAACAAUCGGAGUAGAUUUCAGAGAGAGAACCCUGGACCUCGAUGGAGAAAACAUAAAGUUGCAGAUCUGGGACACGGCGGGACAAGAACGCUUCAGGAAGAGCAUGGUGGAGCACUACUACAGAAACGUGCAUGCCAUCAUCUUUGUGUACGACGUGACCAGCCUGGCUUCAUUUGAGAGUCUGCCCGAGUGGAUUGAGGAGUGCAGCCGUCACUCAGUCCCUCCCUUGGUCCCACGCAUCCUAGUUGGGAACAAAUGUGACUUGAGAGGAGCGAGAGAGGUGUCCACGUUUUUAGCUCAGCGACUGGCUGACAGCUACAACUUCCCGCUUUUUGAGACGUCUGCAAGAGACCCUGCGGAAAAAGAGCAUGUCGAUGCCAUUUUCCUCACGCUGGCCUACAGGCUGAAGAAUCACAAGCCCCUGAGACUGAAACAGCCGAGUGAGAGCAACUUCUUGCAGCUCGCUGGUGGACAGGAGGAGAAGACAUCCUGUUUGUGCUAGUGCACUUUGGCCCGUACAGUUUCAUGCAAUAAUUUAGGGUGGAGUUCUGUAUGAAGUUAAGACAGAAAGAGUGACUGGGAGAUAUACAGUACAGUAUAUGUCUAUAGGAUUGCAUUUGGAUUGUGCAGUUUACAGAUUUCUUUGGAAACAUAGACUGUGGAGCAUUUUGAGGGUUUAACUCACAUGCAGCAAGGGAUGCCUAUAUGUCUUAUUACUACAUAUUAUUAUUAUUAUUAUUAUUUAAGAGUGAAACAUGCUCAAUGUCAUGAAGACCUCAUUCAAGAGAGACUGUUAUAACAUUUUCAGUCUGUAAUAACUUUGCAUGUUGUUUCAGUGUUAUUAUUCCACAGGUUGCCGCUGUGAAACUUCUAAAGGCAAUCUUGUGCAUGUCUAACUUAUAUGAAAUAACACAUUGGUCCUCAUUAUUGUGCAACGUGAGCGUUCUACUAUGCUUGCGGAUACAGAUCAAUUACUAUUAUAUUUAUUUUGCACUUGAUUCUCAAUUUUAUUUCUUUUGAAAGCAUAUAUUAUAUCUAAACUGAACCAGACAGACUGCAUAACUAAAGCUAUUAAUGACUCCAUCAUAAACACUAGUGGGUGCCACUGUCAAAGCAUUCAGAGCAUUAUUAUGAAACAAA